AUGAUAAGGGAAGACUAUAGCACACAUCUCGCCUCACAUACAAUGGAGGAGCUCCUAGUGCUCUUGAAACCAAUACGAGGCAUUAGCCAGUACGGUGUUGAUUGGAGCGAAAGUUCGAAACUGUGUUUGUCUUUGAUGAAUGCAGACGGUGUAUUCCCACCUGAAAACGCCCCAGUGAGCUGCCCGGGUCCCCAAAGCGAAUCUGCGGGGCGUGACGCCCUAUGCGCUGGAUGUCCAAACCAAGCACUGUGCACAAGUGGUGCCGCUAAACUAUCGUUAGAAGAGCGUGAGCCUGAGGUUGUAGCUGAGCUUCGCAAACGUCUUGGUCGAGUCAGGCACUGCCUCUUUGUCCUCUCUGGUAAAGGCGGUGUAGGCAAGAGCUCUGUGUCAGCCUGUCUGGCUUGGGCUUUUGCUCGUCAAAAUUACUGUCGCGAUCAGGUGGGGCUGCUGGACUUAGACAUUUGUGGACCCUCAAUACCCUGUUUAAUGGGAUGUUUGGAUUCUGAGGUUCACCAAAGUGCAUCAGGUUGGUCGCCAGUCUUUGUGGCAGACAACCUAGCACUGAUGUCUGUAGGCUUUUUGAUAUCGCCUAAUCAGGCACUGGUUUGGCGGGGACCGCAGAAAAACUCCUUUAUUCGUGAUAUCCUUUGCAAGGUCUCUUGGACUGAUGCUUAUAGCGACGAAACAGCCCCACCUUUGGAUUAUCUGCUAAUCGACACUCCUCCGGGUACCUCAGAUGAGCAUCUCUCAUCUGUACCCUACAUAAAAGCUGCCGGGUGUCCUGUUGCUGCCUUGAUUAUCACUACCCCUCAAGAAGUUGCUCUUAGUGACGUCAGGAAGGAGAUAAAUUUUUGUGAAAAAAUCGGCCUCCAAGUAGUAGGGAUUGUCGAGAACAUGUCUGCAGUUGAGUGUCCCAAGUGUGGUUUUUCAACUGAGUUAUUCCCGAGGACAACUGGUGGAGCCGAUUCGUUGAGCGGACUGGAGGUUAUUGGUCGAAUCCCGUUCGAUUCUCGACUAACUCGCUGCUUAGAUGAAGGGCGAUGUCCUUUCGAGGAAACCGAUGAGUUGGCCGUUACAGAGUCGUUUGACUCAUUGACUACCAUUAUCAAAAUGAAACUUAAUCAGAUCCGUGUUUGA